ACAGAUUGGAACUUGUCAAUACCCGAGAAACUUUAAGAGUUACAGAAGCAUGGAAUAUGAAUAAUGAAUCAAAUUCGGAAGAAGAUUCAGACGAAAAUUCUCAAGAUAGUAAUACUUCUGAUUUAAAUAUGACUACAAUACCAGAAUUA